CCACUCAACUCCCAUUUUUGACAUGGCGUAGGGAAGAGGCAGCGCAGCGGGCAGGCAUUGUAGCGGGAAAACCGUGAUCAAUUGAUAAAGUAGAGGAAUUUCUAUGUUUUUAUUUCAGUAGGUUGAUAUACAUUUUCAAGUUGUAACUAAGAGUCAAGCAAAGUUUAGGUAACUACCUCAUGAAGCUGGUUGAGAGAAUGCCAACAGUGUGUGAAGCUGUAAUCAAGGCAAAGGGGUGCCCACUAAGUGUUGAAGAUGAUGUCUGAUGCCAGUGACAUGUUGGCAGCAGCUUUGGAGCAGAUGGAUGGGAUAAUAGCAGGCUCCAAGUCCAUGGACUACUCCAACGGCCUGUUUGACUGCCAGUCACCAACCUCUCCCUUCUUGGGAAGCCUGCGGGCGCUGCACUUGCUGGAGGACCUCCGGGGCGUGCUGGAGCUGAUGGACACCGAGGAGAGGGAGGGCCUGCGCUGCCAGAUCCCUGACGCCACCGCAGACAGCCUGGUGGACUGGCUGCAGCAGGGACACCUGAUGUCCAAUGGCCACCACAUUUCCAUGGGUGGUGACCUCUACCAGGAGAGACUGUCUCGACUGGAGGGUGACAAGGAAUCCCUGGUGCUUCAGUCUAGGCUGCCGCGGUCAGUUGAUCUAGGAGGUUCUGAACGUCUCCAGCACCCCUCUAUCCGUGCAUUGAUGGUGAGUGUGUUGACAGACCAGGUGGAGGCGCAGGGGGAGAAGAUAAGGGACUUGGACAUGUGUCUGGAUGAACACCGGGAGAAACUGAACGCCACUGAGGAGAUGCUACAACAGGAGCUCCUAUGCAGAACGACUCUAGAGACUCAGAAACUGGACCUAAUGGCCGAGGUGUCCAACUUGAAACUGAAGCUGAACUCAUUUGAGAAGGACAUACUGCACUUUGACUUCAGGGACAGUGAGUACAUGGGUCUGGAGAUUAAUGAGCUGAGGUACAAAGUGACUGAGAUGGAGAGUGAAAGACUACAGUAUGAGAAGAAACUGAAAUCCACUAAGUCGCUAAUGGCCAAGCUUUCUAGCCUGAAAAUCAAAGUGGGCCAGAUGCAGUAUGAGAAACAGAGGAACGAGCACAAACUGCAGGCACUAAAGGAGGAGCUGGUGACGCUGAGGAGGCAGCUGGAGGGAAGGGACAGAGAGAUGAGGAGGUUACACGGCGAGACUGGGUUCAGAGCCAUCACCCCGGGUGGCAUGGACAGUGGAGAAAGAGUCUCUCACCCAGAUGAAACUCUUAAAAAGAGGCUGAAAGAGAAACAUGUGGAAGUGCAGAGAAUGAAAAAAGCGAUGGAGUCACUGAUGGCAGCCAAUGAGGAGAAGGAUCGUAAGAUUGAGGAGCUGAGGCAGUCGCUGCAGCGCUACAAGAAGGUCCAGGACAUGGUGAUAUCAGUGCAAGAGAAGAAAGACAAAACCAAAGAUGGUGAGAGUGAUGAGAGUAACAGCGACAACUCCCACUCUGUGAUGUCAACGACAACCACCUCGGUUGCCCUGGAGUCGGAGAGGCACGCGCUAGCUGGAGUCGAGGAAGUAGCAGGGAAGAGCCCAGACGAGCUGGAGACGCACUAUGGAGCUACUGAAGUGCCUUCGCCAACAACCAGCCCUGCAGUCCAGUCAGCCUGUGCUCUACAGAGCGUGCCAGAGCUUGACCAAGCUGAACCUGAGAGGUCCCUGCAUGUCCCAAAGUCAGCGAGUCAGGAAAUCUUGUAUGUCAGCAACAGUGAAAAGAUUACAUUGGUGAUUGACGAAAAGCCAACAGAGAAUAAGGCGGUGGAGGAAAUCAGUAAGAUCAGCGAGCGCCCGCCCAAGUGUCCCUCUUCAUCUCGCUCAGAGGACGACAGCUUCGGUACCAAGAAGGCUCGCUCAUCAUUUGGCCGAGGCUUCUUCAAGAUCAAGGGGGGCAAGAGGACAGCCAGCGCCCCUAACCUGGCUGAGACCGUGCGAGAGGGGGGCACUGACCAUCUGGACCUGGCUGGGCUACCCCAGAGGUCAGCCAUCAGCGACAGCACCAACACACUGACCAGUGUGACCUCCACUACCUCUCCCGAGGGCAAGAAGAAGUCCAGGGGAAUCAAGGCACUCUUUGGAAAGCUGAGGAGAAGUCAGUCCACCACGUUCAACCUGGAUGACAACCUAUCAGAGCCGGUCGAGUUCAAGAGAGGCGGAGUCCGGGCCACAGCAGGACCCAGACUGGGAUGGUCCCGUGACCUACAGCAAUCACCCAACACUGACUUGGACACCCCGUUUGCCCGCUGGUCCAAGGAGCAGGUGUGUGACUGGCUGCAGGAGCAGGGACUGGGGCUCUACCUGAACAUGGCCCACGUGUGGAUCUCUUCUGGACAGACUCUGCUGCAGGCCUCACAGCAGGAUCUAGAGAGGGAGCUGGGCAUCAAACACCCGCUGCACAGGAAGAAGCUCCAACUGGCCCUGCAGGCUCUGGGCUCUGAGGAGGAUGACAAUAAGGGCAAACUGGACUACAACUGGGUGACCAGGUGGCUGGAUGACAUUGGCCUGCCUCAGUAUAAGACCCAGUUCGAUGAGGGGAGGAUGGACGGCCGCAUGCUGCACUAUAUGACAGUAGAUGACCUGUUGUCUCUGAAGGUGGGCAGUGUUCUCCACCACCUCAGCAUCAAGAGAGCCAUCCAGGUGCUACGCCUCAACAACUACGAGCCCAACUGCCUGCGCCGACGGCCCUCCGAUGAGAACAACAUCACACCAGCAGAGAUCUCCCAGUGGACCAAUCACAGAGUAAUGGAGUGGCUGAGAUCAGUAGACCUGGCGGAGUACGCCCCCAACCUGAGGGGCAGUGGCGUGCACGGGGGACUCAUGGUGCUGGAGCCUCGGUUCAACGUGGAGACCAUGGCCCUGCUGCUGAACAUUCCCCCCAACAAGACCCUGCUGCGGAGGCACCUGGCCACCCACUUCAACCUGCUGGUGGGCUCUGAGGCCCAGGGGCUCAAACAGGAUUGUCUGGAGAACCCCGACUACACCCUGCUUACAGCCACCGCCAAGGUCAAGCUGAGGAAGAUGACGUUUGGGAGCUUUGGCAGCCUGAGAAAGAAGAGGCAGGAUGAGAGUGAGGAGUAUGUCUGCCCCAUGGAUGUGGAGAUGCCAAAGGGACGUAGCUUCCAGAAAGGCUAUGAGCUCUACGAGGACGAUCUGGACCAGCUAGAGCAGAUGGAGGACUCAGAGGGAACUGUGAGGCAGAUUGGAGCCUUCUCUGAGGGCAUCCAAAACUUGACGAGCAUGCUGAAAGAUGAUGAAUUCUUCAAAGAGAUCUCUAACUCUCCCAACCCCAGCGUAACAGAUGACGAUUCCAACGUUUGAGGCCAGCGCCAUGGGACUAGCAGACCAGGAUUGAAAUACUAUUUGGAAUAAUUUAAAAUACUUUAGCUGUGCUUGAUUGAGCUUGCCUUUUGGGAUGGAAUGCAAUAGGAAUAGAAAAGUCCCAAAAGUGGCACUCCAGGCAGGCUAAAGCAAACACUCAAAGCAUUUGAAACCAGGUGUGCCACUAGCACACACUGACUCCACCGUACCCUCCAACUCUCCGUAACCCCAACAACUUUCCGUAACCCCCAACAAGCACCAGAUCUCCUUUUAGUAUUUAGGCAUAACUUUUUUUUUAUCAGUCCACAUGACAACAGACACAGUCCGUGUCUGUUGUCAUGUGGACUGAUACACUGUUGUUUUUUUAAGGUGCUGUCAACGCUAAAAUACCACCAGCAGGAUUAACAAUUCAACUCGCCCCUGUCUACACAAUAGCAGGUCAGUUAUCAAUCCUCAUUAAUCCCUACAGAUCUGAUAGAUCCUGCUCUGCCUUACCUCUGAGCUAGUCUACAGCGAGGGACUGUUUCUCAAGCUCAACAGUAAAGGCCUUAGAGUAAAGUGGGCUAUCCCCAAAGUAGAGUGUUUACGAGGGGUCGCCCUCCUCUGGGUUGGCUUUUAGCCGAGAGGCACCCCUUCCUACGACUCCUACCAAUGCACUCAGUACCUAUAGUUGGGGUCCCAGGUUCCUUUAUACCAGCUACUCGGGUUCCCUAUGGAAUGAUUAACCAAGAAAAUUAGCUAGAGAUCCUCAAUUAAUCAAGCAUAUUUCAGAAACCUAGAGUAAACAACAUGCAGUUGUAUGACUCUUUGAUGAUGACAGGGUUUUACAACAAUAAAGUGAGUUUAUUCAAACUUCCAGAAACAGGCAUAAAAAAUCCCCAAUCAAUUAUAAGCAAACAUUUACUGUAAAUUAAAUUUAUGGACAACCUUCAGCACCCUUAACUAAAUCCCUGUUGGGGUGUUCCAAUAAAAUGUUUUUUCUGUUACAAUUUUAUGAGAAGCACAGUAUUUAAUAACAAGAAAAACCUUCUACAACUCUCAACCGUUUUUUGGCUCCCCCCACAGGAUGAUCAGUCCCUCAGAAGGCGUCUAGAAACUCUAACAGCUACUUUACCACACCUCUAUCAACCUUAAGGAAUCCUCCUAGAAUUUUACUUUAAGUGGGUAUACCUAAAAUGUACAUUUAAUAA